AUGACGGCGAGGACGGGCAGCGGACCUUGGCGGUGGAGGUGCUCGGACUCUAGAAUCACGCCGUCGCAGUCGAAUAUCAGUGCCUGGAGCGCGCGGGACGAGGCGGAGACGUCGACUACGGCGGGUUUGCCGGCGGCGGCUCGUGAAGCUGCGGCGGCAGAGGAGGAGAAGGUGGAGUGGGUUCGGGAGAGAGGGAAGAGAGAUGGGGCGGCGCGAGAGGAGAAAGAGAGAGAGUUGGAGAGAUUGGGUGGGAAGAGGAACAUGGUGGAGGCAGCCAUGGAUAGUGUUAAACAGAGCAGAGAGCAUGGAGUUCUAUCUAUGUCUGUUCAAACAUCAUCUUUUCUUCAACCAACAUAA